AUGCUCGGAAAACGCGGUGCAGCAUCCCGCAGACCGGCGUGCCGUGCACAAAUUGCGCCCUCGACAGCGUCGACUGUCAGUUACGCCAACGACGCUGUCCUACCCAGUCCAACCAAGGCCCGACUGUCAUCCCGUCGGCCCACACGUCGUCAAGAUCUUGCGGAGCCUGGUUGUGUAUCCCUAGGCAGUGUAAGCGUCGUCGACGAGACUGCUGAGAGUGAAACUCCCGAGGCUCCCUACGCACCUUUGGCUGCACAUUUGAGCCAUCAUGAAAACACAGAUACCGCCGCCGCAAAUCGCCCGGCGUUUGGGAACACCCCAGCAUACUCGCCACUCUACGACUUCUUGAAGAGCCGAGGGGUCUUCGAGCUGCCACCGCAAGCCGUUUGCAGUCGUCUGGUGCGGCUCUACUUCCACCAUGUGCACCCUUUCUUCCCGGUGAUCGAUGCAUCGGCAUUUCUCGACGUUUUCGAGAACAUCGGGGCACAAAAGCUCAGUCUCCACCUCCUCUGGAGCGUGUUCCUUGCGGCUGCUAAUGCAAGCGUCCCCAUCCCUUGCCCGGGUUUCUCUGUUGUGUAUUCCUCUUCAAUGAAUCAAUCGACUGACCCGGCCCGCUAUGAAGAAGGCCAUGUUCUUGAGAUCCAAGGUUGGUUUGCGAGAUCCGAUGCGGCCUCGAACCACCGGCAGCCCAGUCUGACAUUUGAUCCUCAACAGGCUCUUUACGAUGCGGAGUACGAGCGAAACAAGACCACGCUUAUCCAGGCAAUCUUGCUGAUGGGUUUCUGGUACGCCGACACCGAAGACAGACUCGGGCCAUGGCACUGGAACGGUGUGGCGAUCGGCCUUUGCACGAGCAUCGGGCUGCAUCGGCAACCAGACACCAGCCUGCCCCUGGGCAGACAGUCUUCUUCCGAUUGUCCUGUCCCCAGAACUAUCUGGCAGCAGCUCUGGUGGGCUUGCGUCUUCCGGGAAACCUGGCUGUCUGCGGGGAUGGGUCGACCCGCGCGCCUCAACCUCGCCUAUAGCAACACAGCGAAGCUGGAUCCUCGGGAGUUGGGCGAGGCCUGGGAGAAGAUACCCAUCUCGAGACGCCAAAAGUACUUUCCCGCCCAGAUGGAGGCCAUGAUUCCGCUCUGGAUGGACUUGGUUGAUAUCACCAUACAUCAAGCAGAGAUUCUGUCCGUCCAGCAUAGGGUCCCAUCGGUUCGACAAAGCACACCUGAAGUCGAAAGGAUAGAAGCAAGUCUUCGAUUGUUCGACCGAAAACUGCGCGACAUGGAGGAUGAUGCUACCGACAGCAACCUACUGUUGCAUAUCUAUCAUUCCCAACUCUUCCUCGAUUCGGCAUUACUGACCCUUUACCGUCCCUUCAUGCUCGUGGACCUUGGCAUAUUGCCUCCCUUGGAUGGUGAUUCCUCGGGACGACUCAUCAACGCCACGAAGAAGUCGAGAACGGUAGCCCAGCACACCAACAACAUUCUGGGAAACUUGAUCGUUCAUGACAUGCUCAAGGUAUCGCAGGCUUUGAUCUGCAUCGCAAUCGUUCCCGCCUUGUUAACGCACCUCUUGCACGCAUCAUCGGCGGAAAAAGCCGCCCGCCAGCUUGGCUGGCACUACCUGGCACUAUGCAUGAUGGCCGUAGAGGAGCUGCGCAAGACAUACUUUGGCGCCGAAAUCCUCUUCAAGCUAUUCACACGUGCACAGGAGAAGAUGCAGAGCCAGAACUCUUCGCGGGCUGUUCCCUCCAGAGCGGGCUCAGUCGCGGAAUCUCCGCGACGAAACACCGACCAGCCCAGGGCAUUGAGUCCGCCACCUCUGAAUACAACGUGGACUGCGGGGGGCAGCAGCAGCCUGGCAAGCCCAGCUGACAAUAUCAUGGCCGAAAAUUACGAUGUUGAGUGGAUUCUCAGCCAAUGCAUGUUUCCGGACCUCUCAAGCAUGGCAUCGUGGGACCAACAACAGGACACCACUGUUCCUGAAGCAUUCAACCCCUAA